GCGUGACCCAAAUUAGAUUAUGUAAGUUAUUAUGUAAUGUUUUAUAUUUGAUUGUCCUCUUGACGAGCGAUACUCUACAACACGAUAAUGGAGAGCAGCAAAUUCAUUGUCCUCACCGACUUUGACGAGACAAUCACAGAGUCGGAUACGCUCUCGCUAGUUGCAGCAGCAGCCUACGACGCGAACCCGAUCCCGGAGCCAUGGUCUGAUUUCGGCGCGGCAUACAUGGCAGACUACGCCUCGUUCAUGAAAACCUACAGGGCGUCGCAACCGACGCCAGACACGGUCUCGUCUGAGCUUGCGAUGCAGGCUAAGCUGGACGCGAUCGAGAGGCGGUCUGUUGAGAGAGUUGAGCGGAGUGGAUUGUUUAAAGGAGUCACGCGCCAGCACCUUGCAAAGCAGGCGGAGCAGGCUCGGGUGAGAGCUGGAGUGCCGCAGGUGCUGCGGGCGUGGAAGAAGUGCUCUGCUGUUAUUGGAAUUGGCGUGAUCUCAGUGAACUGGAGUGCGUGGUUCAUCGAGCAAGUUCUUCGCGAGAGCUGUGGAGUUUCGGCAAAGACCGCAGCUGGGGUCGGGGACUGGGACGCAGCUGAUGUUGUCGUGCACGCCAACGAGAUCGAGAUGGACGAGCUCGGUCGUGGGACGGGCAAGCUGCAAGCUAGCGCUUCCUCAGGUCUGCGAUCAGGUCCGCACAAGGAGUCAUUGUUGAAGAAGAUAGCAUCUUUGAAUCCCGAUGCAAAUAUCAUCUAUCUGGGCGACAGUACGACCGAUCUGGCGCCGCUUCUGUCUGCAGAUCUCGGCAUUAUCGUUGGCAAUAAAAGCAGUCUGCGAGAAGUAUGUACGAAGAUAGGUGUUGAUGUCAAACCGCUCUCGGCUAUACCGUUGACAGUAGCGCGGGACCGAGGCGCAGCUGGGAUGACUUACAAAACUGUGCUGUAUGCUCUUGAUCAGUGGCAAGAUCUGCUGCGAUACGGCCCUCUAUCACAGGUUGGGAUACUCAGCAGUGAAACAAGAAUUGUUUAGAUGGUGGUACUUGAUCAGAGAUCGUUGGGGUUGCCUCCCACUUCUGUUCACGACAAGAGAGCCGUGCGGUGAUGAGCCCUUG